GACGCGACUGUAGGACAUAAACAACAGACAACAGGCUGCGGGCUGUUUGUGUAUGUGCGAAAUACUUAAACCGAGACAGGUUAUCUGUACAGGAAACUGCUCGACGUUUAUCUAACUACUAGGAGUUUCGACUGUGACGUAUCCGACACAAUUUGAGGACAGCCAUGAGGCUCUGCUACCCUUUACUGGUAUGCCUGGCAGCAGCUGCAUCCUCUGCUUUCAUAAUUUCAUCCCAACAUGUGUGGACCAAAGUGAUCCUGACCCACCACUGGCCGGCCACUUUUUGUUCAAUGGAACACUGUCAUGCCAACUUUAGCUACUGGACACUACAUGGAUUCUGGCCAAAUAGCGGCACUUUCUGCAAUUCAUCAUGGCACUUCAACUCUUCCCAAAUACAGGACCUGCUGCCAGACAUGAAGAAGAGUUGGCCUGACUUGUUUAAGCCCUCGUCUCCUGAAUUCUGGAAAUACGAGUGGCGGAAACACGGGACAUGUGCAGCCGAAGCCAUUUCCCUGAACAGCCAACAUAAAUACUUCAGCAAGGCACUGGAACUGUAUCACAAACUGGAUUUGGACAGCAUCCUGAAGAAGUUUAAUAUCAGCCCUUCUGAAAAAUACUAUAAUUUUUCAUAUAUUGAAGGAGCAAUAGAAAACUUCUACAACGUCAAACCCAAGAUCCAGUGUGCCAAUUCAGCAAAGAAUGAUGGUGUCCAGGUUUUGGGGCAGAUUGAGUUAUGUUUCAACCCUGAUUUCACCCUAAUAGACUGUGUGGAACAAAUUUCCACAAAAUCUGUUUCUGAUACAGAUUUGAAUGAACCCAUGGGUGUUGACAAGGCAUCAGGCUUAAGUGUGUGUGACUAUGAUGUGCCAGUUUACUAUCCACCUCUUCAAUAAAAUACAUACACGCACAAAUUGAAAUUCAUCAGCACACUAAGAUCCUUCUUUUUUCUUUUUUUUUUCUCUCUUUUUACACCAAUACAUUUUGUAGGAAGCCUUUGUCUUCCAAUGCAAAGUGCCCAGAGUGUACUAUAUUUUUGCUAUACUAUAUCUGAAAAAAAUAAUCUGAAUAAAAUAACACACACACACAUCUUGUUUACAAAUGUGGUGUAAUUUAGCACACAAACACCGAUUGAAUUCUAUUUUUCUCAGGGUACACACUGAAUAUCAUUUCUGUAUUAAUAAUACAAUAAUGAAAAUAUGCAAAACAAAUGGGAUCAGUCAGUUCAGUUGGGGGUGUUUUUUUCCAAAUGCAUUAAAAUUCUGGCUGUGACAAGUACUUGAAUAAAAACUACCUUUGAGUGAAAUGUUCUUUUUCUGUCCUACAAAAACCAGGACGCACACUCGUGCACACUCCACUGUCACUUUGUGCUUUGCUGGAAUUAUAUCCCCUUCCCACUCCUGCGAGUAGAUAAGCCUGCCAGUGCACAGCAUGGGUUUUUCUGCAGCACAGCAGGGGGCAUCAUGGUAAUUUCAAGUCAGGGCGGGCAGGCAGUUUAUAUACUACACAUUUACAUAUCUUCUUAGUGCACAUCUUUUGUUAUUGUUUCUACAUUGUUGUGCUUAUAUGCCACCUAUUGCAUGUCAUCACUCCUCUUUUUUUUUUUUUUUUUUUGGCAGGAUUGGAUUUUUUUAUUGCAUCAAUGUAUUUUUUUAAUUUGAUAAUUAGAUUAUCUAACACAUCAAAAUAGAUUGUUUUCAGUUCUGUUAUGAGUAAAAUUCAUAUUUUGACAGAUCAUCUUUAUAAGUACAUAAUGCCAUUUUGUAACUGCUACACAUUUUAGAAAUAAACUAGCGAUAAAAUACUAUGUGCCACUUUAUAAUUGCCAAGUAUGUGUUUGAUGUUUCCUAUUUAGGAAUGUGUCUAUAAAUAUGAACUGUAUACAGUAAAUGCUUUGUUUACUUUUAUAUUCAUUAGGAGAUGUGAGUCUUAGCACAGUACAUCACACAAGAUGUCAUGCAAGUUCACAGCACAACAGUUUUUGCUGACCUAUGGCC